GACCAAUCUCAGUAUAUAUACAUUCUUAUACAAGGUUCCUCAGAAUUUCUCCAUCCAUACCAACACGCUUGUUGAUAAUAGUUUGCAAACAGCGAUGGAAAACCAAUCUUCUCCCGAAAUUUUGGCUUCAAAAGAUGGGAAUCUCGUCACGGUUCUUAGCAUUGAUGGUGGUGGUAUCAGAGGAAUCAUUCCCGGUGUUAUUCUUGCCUACCUUGAGUCUCAACUUCAGGAGUUAGAUGGUGAGGAUGCAAGGCUUGCAGAUUACUUUGAUGUAAUUGCUGGAACAAGCACAGGGGGUCUCAUUGCAUCCAUGUUAGCAGCACCAAAUCCUAAGGCCAAUGAUCGUCCUAUAUUUUCUGCCAAAGAAAUAGUUCCAUUUUACCUCCAAAACUCCCCGAAAAUUUUUCCCCAAACAAGGGGAAUUUUUGCUCCGCUCGUAAACACAGUUAAGGCUUUGACAGGACCUAAGUAUGACGGAAAAUAUCUCCAAGAGGUGAUAAAAAAGGGGUUAGGGGACACAAAGUUGCACCAAACCUUGACCAACGUUGUUAUUCCAACUUUUGAUGUCAAGAAACUUCAACCUACCAUCUUUUCCUCGUACCAGAUAACAACGGAGCCAUCUUUAGAUGUAUCACUGUCAGAUAUUUGCAUAGCCACUUCGGCUGCUCCAACUUUUUUGCCGGCACAUUAUUUUACAAAACAAGAUGAACAAGGCAAAAUCAUAAAGGAAUUCAACCUCAUUGAUGGUGGCGUGGCUGCUAAUAACCCGACUUUGGUUGCAAUGAGAGAAGUGACUAAGCAUCUGAUGAGGAACCCAGAUGGGAGAGGUAUUGAGCCUUUGGACUAUAAAUGUUUCGUUGUACUCUCAAUAGGGACAGGAUCAAACAAGAAUGAGCACAAGUACAACGCUGAGAUGGUGUCAAAAUGGGGAUCUUUAACAUGGUUAUUCAACUCUGGAUCAACUCCCAUUGUAGACUGUUUCAGCGAAGCAAGCACUGAUAUGGUUGACUACCACAAUUGUAUGGUUUUUAAUGCGCUUCAAUCUGAAGACAACUACCUCCGGAUUCAAGACAAUACAUUAAUAGGGGAUUUAGCAACUGUGGAUGUAGCUACUAAAGAGAAUUUGGAUAAUCUGGUAAAAGUGGGCGAGCAGUUAUUGAAGAAAACAGUUACGCGAGUGAAUCUUGAUACAGGUCUGUAUGAACCAAUUCCAGGCAAAGGCACCAAUGAGGAAGAACUCAAAAGGUUUGCAAAAUUACUCUCAGAGACAAGAAAGGUGAGAAAGUCCAACUCACAAGAUGGAAAGUAAAUGGUCACUAGAAUGCAUGACAUGACAACCUAUGUUUUGAAGUUAUUCAAAGAUUUGAUUACUGAUUCCUGUACGAUUACAAUGCAAGUGUAAAAUUUUCUACUUCAAAUGUGCAGAAAAUAAACGUUGUUGACUUUCAAACCUUA